GUAUCAAGAUUGAACGUGUCAUGAAUACAUUCGCUGUUGGAAGAAUAGCAACAUCAGCAGAAUGCGAUACUGACUCUCAUUUUGUUAAGGUCAAACUAAAAUCACAACCAAUUCCAACACUGAACCUACUUCCAAAUAAAAAAAAAGCCAAUGUAUUCUCACAAUGUUGUGGAAAAAGGAAUCGAAUGGAAAUGACUCGAUGUAUGUGGACUUGUAUGCAUUAAAUGGUGGACGCGCAAGUUUUGACAAAGUGGAUUGUUUUGCUCGACAGGGGAAACCGAGCUCAACAUUCAACAAAAAUGGUGUGGUGUCAUUGCAAAAGCGUAACGAGGGCGACAAAUACUUCAGCCAAGGCAAAUGGACUCGGGCAAUGGAAUUGUACGGUGAAAGUCUAUGUUAUGCUGAACAUGGCUCUAAGAAUGUCAAUUUGGCGUAUGCGAACCGAUCGGCUUGUUUUCUGAAAAUGAAACGAUACAAUGAAUGUCUCAUCGAUAUUGAAUUGGCGAAAGAAGCUGGCUAUCCAGCUAAUUUAAUACCGCAAUUGGAUCAACGCAAAGAGGAAUGCUUGAAAGCCAUCGACGAAGGUGCACAACCCGUGAUGUUUGAACCAAAGCUGAGUUUUGAACCGAAUGAAAAUUUUCCGUGCAUGGCAAACGUGUUGAAAAUUGACCGAGACGCUCAAGGUGAUUUGGGUAUCUUUGCCAAGGAGCAUAUUGACGUGGGUCAAACGAUCGUCGUGGAAAAAGCAUUUAUGACCUAUUUGUACACGCAUCAUGGAUGGAAGUGUAACAUUUGCUUGAAGGAGUAUGGCAACUUUGUUCCAUGCAAAAAGUGCACUGUCGCAAUGUUUUGCAGCGAAGAAUGCCAAGGUAAUUCACUUCAUAAGUACGAGUGCGGUCUGCGAUAUAGUGAUAGUGUUAUGAUGAAUGGCUUCAUCAUGCGAGUGGUGCGUGGUUGCCUGUUGGCCAUCGAUAUGUUUUCGGAUGCUGAUGAACUGAUGACGUUUGUGGAGCAAGCCAUUUCAAGCGAUCGAAACCAAAUACCAUCGACGUUAUUGGACGAGAAAUCACAGUACGAAGCAUUUUUGAAGCUACCGAUAAAACCAGCGAGCACAGAACAUCAUGAGUUUAUGAUAAACUUAACUAUUGCUUUUUCGGCCCAAAAAUUACUCAUGCGAAUUCCGAGAGUCAAUUCCAUGUUCAAGCUCGAGAAGUAUCGUCGAUUUUUCAUGCAUUUCAUAACUCAUCAGUAUCAGGUGAUGGAAAAUAACUCAUUUAUUUGUGGCUCUAAUCAUGAUGACAUGGAUGAUGAUUAUGUACCGUUUGAAAGCCGGACUGGGUUGAUGAUAGGCUACAAGAAACACAGCUGCGCUCCAAAUGUGAUGGUUUCCAGAACCGUUGGCCACAAGUUUGGUCUCAUCACCGUUCGACCUGUGAUGAAAGGACAACAGAUCCUGCAUGCGGUUAUCGUUCCCCUGCUAACACUAUCCAAACGCGAACGACACCAGAUCUUAUGGCAGGAUAGAAAAAUGUUGUGUAAAUGCGCGCGAUGUGAAGGUGUCACUGCGUCGAAGGUACUAUGCAAACGAAUUCAGUCAGAUCCAGAUUACCAGUAUAUAACACAACAAUCCAUUCCGCCGACUCGAGGUGAUGAUGAUGCAAAGCAAUCAAUGCAAACAAUGAUCGACAAAUGCGAACGUUUUUUGCGCCAGUACGGGCAAACUGCAUGGUGCAAUGAAUUUGGAAGAGUAGUGACCAUUUACAUGACGCUUGUAGAUCGUCAAUAACAUGGUAUAUCGUAAGCAUAGAGAUGGUACUUCAAAUGCAUUGGCUAACCUUUUAAUUCCAUACAAUGAGAAGUCGGAAUAAAAGAAACACAAAAAUACCAAGUAAAAUGAUCUAUUCAAAUAAGUCUAUCCAUGUUUCGAAAAUAUGUCUAAACAAAACACAUAAAAUCUCAUCAAAAUAUAUUUUCAUUGAUUAUUACAAUAAAA